AUGGAUUAUGAUGACAAUGAUUUUCAAAGUCACAAUCUUCAUUUAGCUGGUGAAGGAAGCAACAAAUUUCCUCCUGUUUUACAGCCAUAUGCUCUUCCCAAGUUUGAUUUCGACGACAGUCUUAAUGGAUCUUUAAGGUUUGAUAGUUUGGUUGAGACUGAGGUUUUUCUUGGCAUCGAAAGUAACGAGGACAACCAGUGGAUUGAAGAUUUCUCUCGUGGUACCAGUGGGAUACAGUUUAGUUCAAGUGCAGCAGAGUCUUGCUCUCUAUUGAGGCGCAACAAUGUUUGGUCUGAAGCUACUUCCUCAGAAUCUGUUGAAAUGUUAUUAAAAUCUGUUGGCCAGGAAGAUAAUACUCCUGUAAAAACUAAUACUAAGGAGUCAGAUGCCUGUGAUGAACUGGGUUGCAUACUAAAGCACAUGGAGCCCAGCUUGAAACAGGAUAAUAGUACACCACCCAAAGUGGAAGAUACUGCAAAUUUACAGGUUAAAUUGCUGCCAGGUGAGAAUGUGGAAGAUUUUUCUGCAUUAGAUAGUGAUGUUGGACGGCAUCAGCCUCUUGAUGAUGAUUCUCAGGAUCAUAAAGGUGAAGCAUCAGCUGAUAGUGUUUUGGGACCUUUAGUUAACCCAUCUGCUAUUAGUGUAGAGGUCAGGCAACCUAUUAUUGAAGAGAGUCUGUCCUUUGAUGGUAAAUCUAAUCAUGUUAAUCGAAGGGAAGUCGAUAAUGUGGUGAAUGGAUCUUUGAAUGAUAGGCCACAGAAAGAUUCUGCUUCAGGGAUGCAGGAUGGUGCCUCUGUGCAAAACAUCACUGCAGGAAAUGAUGAGUUGAAUGACAAAGAUGGCCCAGGUAACUUAAAUGACACUUCUGAUGGUAGUAAAAAUGUUCUGGAAACAGACACUGAUGAGAAUCAGGAAAAGGGACAUGUGUUAAGUCAAGAGGGCCGAAUGGAGGAUGAGAAUCCGUGUUCAGCUGCAGUGGAAUCUAUGGAAGAAGCAAACAUCAUUGAAACUAACUCGUGUAAUUUGGGGGAACCUUCUUGCAAAAUAUCGAAGGGGCAUUCUGGCUUCCCAGAAGACUUAUUGACAAGUGAUCAGGCCAAAGUGGAUACUGUUGGGGUAUCACUGAUGGCUGUUGAGGAUACUACUACUUUUGAGAGGCAUGAAAUUGAGGACUCAAAUGGUUCCCAAUUGGAUAAUAAGAACUUAUCUAGUAAAUGCGAGGGAUCUCACCUAUCUGCUGAAGACAGUGAGCCUUCUGAAGUGAACGUUGGUGGAAUUAGCAAUAACGAUACAGGUGGUGUUUCUGGGUUGGCUGUAGUGUGCUCUUCAGCUGAAGUUGUUGGAGAAACGCAUGCUGAGGUCCAAGUUUCAUCAUCUUUACUUGCUGAAUCCUCGCAAAUAUGUGGGAAAACUAUGGUUCCUUCUGAGGGUAAGGACACCAUAGAUUCUCCUUCUGGCAAUGUUAGAACUGAAAACAACUUGGUAGCUUCGAGAUUACAAUCGGAUGCUGCUUAUGAAAAAAAUUCAGCAUCAGAUGUUAGCUGCAAACCUGCUAACAUUCUAACCUGUGAUACACUGGAUGGUGUUCCAGCUACUUCUGGUGAUGUCAUUACUUUAGAUGCAGCUAUUGGUGACAAAGAUGUCAAAAUGUCACCUUUAAGUGGUGCCUUAGAUAAAGAGAAAGAAAUUGGAGACAAGAUUUCUGUGGAGGCGACUUUAUCAGGUCUGAAGACCUCUUCCCAAGUGAUAGCUGGAUUAAACCCUGUUUCUAAAUCCGGAAAAGGUGCUUCUUCUGGUGCUGCAGGACAGAUAUUAUGUGAGUCAGCUGAACAAUCUCCAUUAAUGGUGGAUGCUAGUAAAACAGAAGGACCUCAAUCAGAAGUAACUGACAAAGUCAGCCUGAAGUGCACAAAGGAAAUGGAAGUGUGUCCAGUUCUUUGUGACUUAACUGCAAAGAAGGGAGAUGAUGCUGAAGUAUUAGUAAAAGAGAAUGAUGAAAAGGAAUCUUCCAAAUUUUCAGAACCGACAGAAGAGUGUCGAGAGUAUGCUAGUCAGAGAGGUCAGGAAGAAAAUGAAGCUGCCAUAGUGUAUGGAGAUAAAAGUGAUGGGAAGAUUGCUGUACCUAGCACAAGCGAUUGUGGAAGUUGUGCUGAUGUUGGCAAGCCAUCCAAUGAUUCCCCUACUGUCAUCAGAGCUGCUGGGGGUUUUCAGAUUGAAAGUGACGAAGGAGCCAAGUGCUCAGCAGAGCAGACUGCUGUUGCUGAUGGCACUGCCAACAAACCUUUGUCUGCUUCUCAGGAUCCAAAACAAAAUGAUGCAUCCAAAGAUGAGAGGAGCUUCACUUUUGAGGUCAGUCCACUGGCAAACAUGCCUCAGAAAGAAGCUGGCAAUAAAUGGCAGCCCUUUUUCAACAUACCAGUCACUAAAGUGUCCCCGAUUGUGAAUGCUUCUCCUUCAGCAUCUGGCUUAGGCCAAAUAGAUCCCAAGAUUGCUCAAGAUCUUUCGCAUGGAAAUCCAAAAGUUUCUGAAGGAGCCACUGUGCGAAGUGGUUCUAAAGGUGCUUCUGAGCGUAAAACAAGACGGUCAUCUGGUAAGGCCAUGGGAAAGGAAAGUGCCAGAAAGGGAAAUCCUAGUAAAGAAACUGCUUCUGUGAGGCUAGAAAAAGGGGAAAAGAUGAGCAAUGUCUCCCCAAACCCUUCUGGGAUAUCACAACAUGUGCAAUCAAAUGAGAUGCAGCGCUAUGGUCAUGUGGAUUCCAGUACCAUGAAACCGUUUGUUCUUGCAUCAUCCACAUCAAGCCUUCCAGAUUUGAAUUCUUCUGCUUCUCCAUCUGUGAUGUUUCAGCAACCCUUCACAGACUUGCAGCAAGUUCAAUUGCGUGCUCAGAUCUUUGUUUAUGGUGCUUUGAUUCAAGGAACAGCUCCAGAUGAAGCAUAUAUGAUAUCAGCUUUUGGAGGAUCUGAUGGUGGUAAAAGCAUCUGGGAGAAUGCUUUACGCUCGUCUAUAGAACGGCUUACCGGUCAAAAAUCUCAUCUCGCUACUCCAGAGACCCCUUUGCAGUCACGUCCUGGUGCCAGAGCUCCCGACCAAGCAAUUAAACAGAGUACUGUUCAAAGUAAAGUAAUCUCUUCACCUAUUGGUCGAACCAGCAAGGGUACUCCAACAAUUGUGAACCCCAUGGUGCCCCUUUCUUCACCACUCUGGAGUGUACCUACCCCCACCGGCGACACAUUUCAAUCAAGCAGCAUGCCGAGGGGUCCAAUUAUGGAUCAUCAGCGGGCACUUUCUCCGCUGCAUCCUCAUCAAACCCCACAGAUAAGAAAUUUUGCUGGUAACCCUUGGUUAUCUCAGGCACCUUUUUGUGGUCCCUGGGUUACAUCCCCACAGACACCUGUACUUGACGCAAGUGGUCGUUUUUCUGCACAAUUGAUCACAGAACCAGUUCAAUUGACACCUGUGAAAGACUUAUCCAUGCCAAUUGUCUCUGGUGCAAAACAUGUUUCCCUUGGUCCUGUGGUUCAGAGUGGGGCUUCCACCAGUGUUUUUACUGGGACUUCUCCUGUUCCAGAUGCGAAAAAGGUUACAGCAUUAUCUAGUCAACGUCCUACUGAUCCAAAGCCUAGAAAAAGAAAAAAGACCACAGUUUCUGAGAGUCCUGGUCAGAAUAUUUUGUAUCCUCACCCUCAAACAGAAUCAGUUCCUGCUCCUGUUGUUACCAGUCAUCUGUCUACUUCUGUUGCCAUUACAACCCCAAUUGUCUUUGUUUCUAAAGCUCCUUCAGAGAAAUUUGCGACUUCUGUGUCUUCUACACUUAUUGAUAUCCGAAAAGGGAAUCAGAAUGCAGAACAGAGGAAUAUUUUGUCAGAGGAGACCCUUGACAAAGUGAAGGCUGCGAGGGUGCAGGCAGAGGAUGCUACUAGUCUUGCUACUGCUGCUGUUAGUCACAGCCUGGAAAUAUGGAAUCAGUUAGAUAAGCAGAGAAAUACUGGGUUAUUACCAGAUGUUGAAGCCAAACUAGCUUCUGCCGCUGUUGCAAUAGCAGCAGCUGCUGCUGUUGCAAAAGCAGCAGCAGCAGCUGCCAAUGUUGCUUCUAAUGCUGCAUUGCAAGCAAAACUGAUGGCUGAUGAAGUAGUAAAUUCUGUUGGUUACAGCAAUCCCAGUCAAGACAAUGCAAUUUCUGUUUCUGAAGGCAUGAAGAAUUUGGGAAAGGCUUCUCCUGCUUCCAUCCUGAAGGGUGAUGAGGGGACAAACAGUUCCAGUUCAAUCCUUGUGGCUGCAAGGGAGGCUGCUAGACGGAGAGUUGAAGCUGCUUCUGCUGCUGCAAUACGAGCUGAAAAUAUGGAUGCUAUUGUUAAAGCUGCAGAGCUGGCUGCAGAAGCUGUAUCCCAAGCUGGGAAGAUAGUUGCUAUGAGUGAUCCUUUGCCACUGAACGAGCUGGUAGCUGCUGGUCCAGAGGGUUAUUGGAAAGUAGCCCAAAUAAAUAAUGAACUGGGCUCUAAAUCAAAUGAUAUAGCUAGAAAAACUCUUAAUUUGGAUAGAGUUGGAGGAGGACCAGACACUUCUUCUGUGUCAGGUAAGAAAGCAACACAGGUCAAUGACCAUGGGAAAUCACCUGCUCCAAUUGAGGGGUCUGCUGAGGACCAUGCGAGAGUGGUAGAUGGUUUCUUGAAUUCUGGUGCAGUCACUGCAAAGGAUGCUAAAGGACAAAAGGGCUACAAGGUGUCUGAAUUUGAGAAUGGUUCGAGAUCUUUGGGAACUAUAGAAGACUAUAAUAGCAUCAAGGAGGGGUCCCACGUAGAGGUUUUCAAAGACGAGAAUGGAUUUAAAGCAGCCUGGUACCUAGCCAACGUGGUGGAUUUAAAGGAUGGGAAGGCAUGUGUGAGCUAUACUAACCUUUCUUUAGUUGAAGGUGAGUCAUCGUCUCUAAUGUCAUUCUAUGUAUUAGGAACCGGUAGAUUGUUGAUGCUUCUGAAUGCAGAGAACUUGGAGAAUCCUUUGCUUGCUUUCUUUUUGCUGCAUGUGCGUUUUUUGCAUAUCUAUGGAGCCAAUUCUUUAAAUGUUCUUACUUGUCCAGAGAAGCUAAAGGAGUGGGUGCCACUUAAAGGUGAAGGAGAAAGGGCCCCAAAAAUACGAAUAGCUCGCCCUAUUACUGCCAUGCCAUUUGAAGGAACAAGGAAGAGACGACGAGCUGCCACGGUCGACCAUAUUUGGUCUGUUGGUGAUAGAGUGGAUGCAUGGAUACAAGAUAGCUGGUGGGAAGGAGUGGUCAUUGAAAGGGGCAAGAAAGAUGACUCCAUGUUCAAGGAGAAAGAUCAGUUGUUAGAGCAUGGCAUCUUCGGCCUUCUCUCCUAUGGGAAAAUGAGGAAUGGAUUGAAUCAUCCAGUUCAAAAGCGGACACUCAUUCUACCAAUGGGGUACUUUCAUUUGAUAUUUCACUGGGGUGAUACACCACAAGAAAAACGACCAAGGGUGCGGAGCCCUGCAGUGGAUGUCAAAGGGAAGGAUAAGAUGUCGAAAGGUUCUGAUUCUUUGGAAACUGAUAAACCUGAUGAGCCAACUUUACUGGAUUUAGCUGCUCAUGAAAAAUUGUUCAAUAUUGGUAAGAGUACAAAAGAUGGGAAUAAACCUGAUGCACUCAGAAUGACAAGGACUGGCUUGCAGAAGGAAGGAUCUAGAGUGAUCUUUGGUGUUCCAAAGCCUGGAAAAAAAAGAAAGUUUAUGGAAGUGAGCAAGCAUUAUGUUGCAGAUCGGAGCAGCAAAAACAAUGAUGCAAAUGAUUCGGUUAAGUUUGGGAAAUAUUUGAUGCCUCAGGGAUCAGGAUCUCGUGGAUGGAAGAGUACUUUAAGAACUGAAUCAAUCGAAAAACGAACAGCUGCAUCGAAGCCCAAGGUUCUUAAGUCAGGAAAGCCACAGAAUGUUUCUGGUAGAACAGUUAGUCAGAAGGACAACUCAUCGACUGCUGCAGUUUCUGUUUCUGGUGAUGGUGCUGUUCCAGAUCAUGUUGCAAAGACCAAGGCUUCUGUAAGCCAUGUUGAAAAUACUUCUGAAAAACAUAGCUUGACUGACUUGCAGCCCUUAUCUAGCUCCGUGGGAGCAGCAGAGGGUCCAAUAUUUUCUUCCUUUCCUCCUCCAGUUACACAUUCCUCUAAGAAAAUGUCCACAUCAAAUGCUAAACUUCAACGGGUAAGCAAGGGAAAACUUGCUCCUGCUGGUGGAAAGCUGGGUAGAAUUGAGGAGGACAAAGUUUUCAAUGGAAAUUCUUCAAAAUCAACCUCUGAUGUCACAGAGCCCCGGAGGUCUAACCGUAGAAUUCAGCCUACAUCAAGAGUGGUUUCUCCUGUUGGUUCUAGAACUUCGGGAGAUUUUCUUGCAAGCUUUCGUCGCUUCCCAGAGCUAAUGAUUGCUUCACAGAUCCAGUGUAUAAUCUCAUCUUCUGAUGCAGGGAAAGAGAAGGGACAGAAGGGUCAUUCGACGAAUUGGGGCAUGGAGGCCCAAACCGAAUUAGGAAUUGGAAGAGACCAAUUGAAUUGGGGGACUCUUUAA